AAAGAAUUUUACAUAUAUAAGGCAAAAUGUUUUUGAUAUACGUAGACUCCAACUUUGGUUAGAAAGUUAAAGAUGAAGCUCUUGGUUUUUGUCGCCGUAUUUGCUAUUUUUUUGGCUUUCAGUGAAGCCAAGCGCUGCCGCUCAGGAGAGGACUGCAAAGAAGACGAGUGUUGUAUUGUCAAGGGAUUUAUAUUUCUUAGAAGAGGCGAAUGCCAAAAGCUAGCACAGAAAGGUGAAAGAUGUAGCGAAGAGGAAGAUACCGAAGGCUUUCUGGAUCAGAAAUACAGAAACCACUGCCCAUGCGCCGGUGGUUUAUCUUGUGAGCCUACAGAAGUCAAAGAUUUGCCAUUCGGUAUAACACUCAAGUACGAUGAGAGAUGUGUUGGAGAUGUUACUGUGCCUACGCCAACUGAACCCGAACCUGAACCAGAAACUGAAGAACCCAAAACCGAAGAACCAGAACCUGAGCCCGAAACCGAAGAACCAGAACCGGAACCGGAAACUGAAGAGCCUGAGCCAGAACCUGAAGAUCCUGAGCCAGAACAAUAGAAAAAAAAUACUUCUGUGAACCAAAUGUUUUCAUGAAUUACCUACAUAUUAACAUUAAUUAAAAAUGUAUAAAGACACUUCAUCUACAUGUUAACACAUUGUUUUGUCUUUUGCUAUUCUUUGAUUAACUAUUUUAAUUUUAAGGCAACUUUGAUUUCUAAUGUUCCUAUUGAAAUUAAUUAUUUGUAAUUACGCACUGCUCUUAUUAAAUUCAUUAUUUUAAGCAUA